AUGGGAGCCAUCAUUGGCAUUGCUGUUGCUGCUGUGGUCAUUCUCCUACUUCUGGGAACCACACUGCUUUACAUGAGGCAGAAACAGCAGCAGACGCCAAAAGGCGCGGGUGGCAGCCUGGCAGCCUCCCAUUGCACCGAGUUUUCGCUGGCAGAGGUCCUCAAGGCCACCAAUAACUGUCACGUCUACUCGAUGCCGAUUGGGAGCGGUCACAAUCUGGUACAAGCCGCAACAUGGAAGGUGCAUACAACCUCCAUUCCCAACCCUCCCCACCUGGACUCCUCUCGUCGCUACUCUCUUCAUCUUAACCAUCCUCCUCCUCCUCCUCCUCCUCCUCCUCCUCCUCCUCCUCCUCCUCCUCCUCCUCCUCCUCCUCCUCCUCCUCCUCCUCCUCCUCUUCCCUUAUGGUGCUCCCUACGCAUCGGCAUUCACGGCCUCCUCAUCAAACCUGGUCCGGACGUCUUCCUGGCUGGUGGACAGCGGCGCAUCUUCCCAUAUCUGCUCCGAUCGCUCGCUGUUUUCAUCUCUCCAGCAGCCAACUGA